AGCCAGCCAUGAUACACAAGGCGCUUUCCCACUGCCUUAUCCGGGAUAAUUACGCCCAUAUGCUGGCUCGCUGCGCUGUAUGGGAGCCGGAAGGGGGGUCCGAUGUGAUCCGCCUCUGAGCCGGGAAUGUUGGUAGUUACGGAGGCAGAACGAUGUCUGUGUGAGGUGAAAAGCCACAGCAGGUUUGUAGCAUGGAACAACUCAACUCCACUGUGGUCACUUCUAACACCUCCUCUUCUCCUGGAUAUCCACCUCCCGACUCCUGGGACUCCAGAGGUCUGGUCCCUGCUGUGAUGCUGUCCCUCUGCUUCCUGUUGGGAGUUCCUGGAAACAUCGCUGUGAUCAUCCUCAGACCAAACUGGCAGCACAUGUCCAGUGUGAGCCAGAGUUUGAUGCUGAAUUUGGCCAUAUCAGACCUGCUCUGUCUGCUCACCCUGCCAGUGUGGAUUUACGCAUAUCUGUACAGCUGGACUCUCGGCCUGAUGGCCUGUAAGCUCCUAGCGUAUCUAGUGUACUGCAGCCUUUAUGGUAGCCUGCUGACUGUGACGGUGCUGAGUGUCCAGCGCUACCUACAGGUGGUGUACCUGCAGAAGUGCUUACAUCAGGCCGGGAGGAAGAGGCUGCUGGCUCUGCUCUGGCUGGUGUCGAUGAUCCUGUCCAUCCCUGCUUUAGUGGUUCGACAGGUGAUCGAAGACCAGGACUGGACACAAUGCCAGUCUCAAUACUCUUCCCAGGCCCAGCAUGUAGCCGUGCUGCUGACAGAGUCCCUGAUGGGAUUUGUUACAUUUUCUGUUGUAGCAUUUUCAUACAUUCGCCUCCACAUAAAAGUGAACCAGGCAGCUUUCUUCAACAACCCACAGACGACCCGUCUGGUCACAAGUAUCAUUGUGACCUUUUUUGUCCUAUGGAUGCCAAAUCAUAUCAUAAAUGUGUUUGCUGUGGUCGCUAUUUCACUGAACAACAAGGGCCUUGUGAAGUUUUGUACAAACAGCUGGAACAUCACUGGAGCACUGGUAUUUAUGAAUAGCUGCCUGAAUCCACUCCUUUAUGCUUCUGCUUCUCGAAACAUGUGCACUGUAUGCCAAAAAACUUCCAGGUAGUCUAAUCAUUGACAUAGUAUGAUCAAUGAAAAGCCACCAGAUAUCAGAAGAGAGUGCAGAACUUCGACGAUGAUAAUGCUUAGAGAAAAUAAAUUUGUUCUUAUUCAAAACAUCUCAUCUGUUCCGUAGACACACAGUUUGAGGGUGUGGUUGUCUCAUUUUUCAUAGAGAGCUGUGGAUGAUUUCUGAUUUAAUGAUAAAUUUAGAGGUUAACCUCAAAUCAGCUUUGUGCUCAUUAAACAUAUAUUUAAACAUCUUAGCUUUGUGGGAGAGAUCCAGUCAGAGGAAACAACACUUAAUGAGUAGAUUGAAUAAAUGUUUUUGUUGGAGUGAAUGACCAUUUGUCUCCAGUGUUUAGCAGAAGACAGACAUGGAGACAGACCAGAGGAAAGAUAGAGAGAUAGAGAUUGUGCUGGAUUCAUAAUAUAAGCGGAUGUGCAAUCUCAUUCAUUCAGUUAUCUUUGUCUAGAACUACUGAAAUCUAUUUCAGCUCUUACACUGCAUGAUUUGUAUAUUGUAUAUAUUUCUGUCUGACACAUUGAAACAUAUCAUUGUAAACAUAUUAUGAAAUACAGUAAAUGGAUUAAUAAAAUGAUAUGAUGCAUUUUCUUGCUUUAUCUCUUCAAAAGGAUGAUUAGUGGGCUUUUGUACUUUUUGUACUUGUAAAAGUAACAAUAGCACACAGUAAAAUACUCAAACUAAAAGUUCUGCACUGACAAUGUUACUUAGCAACAUUUGUAGUAAUUGUAUGUUAAAAUAACAGCUGGUGGUGAGCAGUGCCGAUGCCAAGCCAGAGCCACGCAAGUGGGCAGCAUAACCAGGCUUAGCAGCCUCUAUGGACAUAAUGUUAGCGCUAAUGGCAGAGGCGAAGAGACCAAAGAGGAUGUUGACAGAGGAAGCUAAAAAGAGAAAAAGAGAGGCUGAGAGCAAAGUUGUUGAUUUGUUAGUUUUUGAUCAUAAGUUAUGUAAUCUUAAUAAAUGCAUGUAUACAGCUGUCCUUACAACGGCUGUGAAU